AUGCUUGCGUAUGAUAUUCCGUUUGAAAUUCUUUCCAAGAUCGCGAUCCUCCUCUCGGUAAAGGAUAAAAUACAAUGUAUUCUUACAUGCAAAGCAUGGCAGUCUCCAUUUCAAGACGUAUUAUGGGACACCAUUUCUGUAUUUAGCAAGGAAAAAGUUAGAGAAAUUUGCGACUCGGAUAUCAAAGCAAAUAUCUACAAGCAAAACGGUGGUCGUGUGAAGCUAUUGAUUUUUGGACGGAGACUCCGUGUAAGCGAUCAAGACCUCAAUACGAUUCAACAUCGAUUCAAAAAUUUACAAAGUUUUUGUGCACCAGACUCAUCGCUGAGCUCUACAGAGUUCGGAAAGAUUGCUGAUUGGAAGCUGUGGAACUCUCUGAAAGAGCUAGAUAUAUUUAUACCGGUUCUGGACAAGGUGCGCUCACUGAAGGAAUCGUUAAAGAUCCUUUCAAACUUACCAUCCCUUAGACGGUUACAUUUCACAGAUGGUGGUUUUGAAGACUCUCCAAUUUACACUCUGCGAGACAUCGAAGCAUUACAUACUCAUUUGCCCAAACUAGAAUCUUUAUCAAUUCAAAUGGUCUUAGCACCACUUGAGCCAGAGGACAUACAGCUUGCUAAGAAUACGAUACCAGCAAAUACUUUAACGGUGUUGGAGAUAAAGUUGGAAUUCAAGGAUUAUCGAUGGCUAUAUUACUUUGCUCGCAAGUACUAUAAUUUACGCACCUUAUCGUGGGACAGCAUGCAUGACAUGGACAUAGAUGACUUUAAAGAUAGUUUAUCACAUAUGCUAUCAGAUAUUUCUCCAGUAUUUCCGCACCUGAAUUCCAUCACUGUUUCUAGUAUCUGUUGUUCAGAACAGAAACAAGCUACAUUUUGGAGAAUAUUCGACAUAUCUAAAUCGACAAUCAAGGAUGCUAGAUUCCUCUUUACUGGUGUAAAUGAUGGGAAAGUUCUGUUGGAAGAAGAUGUCAAGGGAUGCAUAGAACUUUGCUCAAGAACACUUGAGAAGCUUUCAGUUACAUGUGAUGUGUAUGCAUACAAUUCAGAUACUAUUUCCCUAUCGUUCAAUACGUGCCCCCGCUUGGUUGAGCUGUAUCUCGACGUACGCUUUCUCCCUAUUGAAUUGGAUACUCUUUUGGAUCAGUGUAUGAGCCUCAAGUCCAUUAAACUAUCUGUUGAUUCUCCAUCUGUUUCUCCAAGUGCAUUUAACGACAUUAUGACUCAUGGAGUUGGCUUUAUAGAACUAAUUACCUCCAAACUAGACACCUCAAUACUCAAGUAUAUAUCAUUUCGCUGCAGAAAGCUGUAUCAUAUGCGCCUAUGUGAUGUACUUGUAUACGGGCCAAUAUCUCAGGAAACUGGAAAUAUAUAUAUAGACAUGUCCCACACACACUUUGAGUUCUUACACCUGGACCAAGUGCACUUUUAUCCAUCUAACAAACCCUAUUGUAUGAUGAAUGGUAAUAAGCCCCAAGAUAAAAAUUAUCUGCCAGACAUGCGCACAAUCCCAGUCAGAAUCCUUGAAAUUUGCCAACAAAAAAACGGAGGGCAUGACAAAAUGACUCCGUCAAUAAAGGAUAAGUAUAAACAGCCUAGUAUUGAGUCCAUAUGGCUACACACAUACCACUGUCCAGAAGCCUUUUACCCAUGGAAGAGUGUCCGAGUAUUGAAAAAACGAGAAGUUAAAAUGGCCAAGAGAUAUUUUUGUGGCUUCCAACGCAAAAGCACAAGAGAUUAUGUUAAUAUGACAAGAGAGAAUGCAAUGAUAGAAAUGGUGCUAAGACAUGAAUGGAAAAGCAACCUUCUAAGGGGGUAUGUUACUUUCAGGUGUGGUGAUAUAAAGAAAUAUCGUGUAACUGGCCAUACGUCCGUAAAGGUGGAUUGUGGUUGUCAACUCCUUAUUGCCUUUGGAUAUAUACAGCGAAUUCUGUCUAUGUCUUUGGGUAUUUUGAAAAAGCUAAGACUUUCUCAGAAAAUAUUUUACCAAGAGCCUAGUGUUUGCUUAUAA